UAUCUUCCACUUUAGUAGCACUAGCCGCAGGUAGUUCUGCCAAGUGUUGGAUCAGUACGUCCUCAGAGGCACGCUCUAGUGUACAUCAGGCUUCCACGAUGUCUCCAAUCACCCUCACACUUGACCAAGCGCAGCGGAUCGUAACUGUGCAUGUAUUUCCAGCGGCCUCCAUAUCGUCUUUUGCAGAAGUGAGCAACGAUAGUUACAGCUAUACCACAUCCACAAAAGCAUACUUCAUUCAGAUAAAACCAGAGUCCAUCUCUGCUUCAGAAUCACAGUCACCUCUGCCAACGUCGUAUAUCCUUCUUAUAUCGCGUCCACCGGCCCAAACGUCCCCUAGUUCACCCGAUCCAUCACUAUCACUUCCCCUUGCGACAAUUCACAAACUUUUGACUUCGAUAUCUACAUCCACAUCCAUUCGUUUACCUUCAAUUCGCGCGAUUGACACGUCUUUGACGGAUAAGGAGAUACCAUAUCACUGGCUCUUGCUAGACGUCCCUGCUCUCCCCCCCAGCCGAGCUCAGCUGACUACUGUUCCGCUCUCCACUCUGCGACGUCUCGGUACACUCACCCCACGGCAAGAUGCUCUCAUAGAUGUACAAUUGGGAAUAUAUCUGAAAGAAUUACAUGGAGUGCAAAAUGAGUAUUUUGGGGUGCCUGAUAGCCCGUAUUCGUCCACCGAUACCUCAACAACGCCCUCCUUUUCUAUUCCAGGUUUCACAGGGGCGGAAGGUGCAGAUGGCUUCAAUUUUGACGAAGAUCUCACGCAGUAUUCUUGGCAAGAUACUUUUACUCUGCUCCUUGACACUCUGCUCGACGAAUUGUCCACGUCCAGUCAAUCUGACAUCACAAAGUAUGUGCCUGACAUCCAAGCGCACAUACCAGCCAUCCGCGCCCACCUCGCUCGAGCGAUGGGAUCAUUCUUGUUCGACGACGUUGAGAUGCCGAGUUUGUUGUGGGUAACGGGCGCGGAGGAAGACGUUUUCGUCGUCGUUCCCAGAGCCAUGAUGGACCAAUUACAACCUGAAUUUGAUGAGCUCUCCUCGAGUUCUCAUUUCGAUCCUUCAGUAGCUUACAUACUUCCUACUUUCACCCAUGCACUAUGGGGUGAUCCCCUCCUUGAAGCAUUAUUCAUGCCACCCAGACCGAGCUGGCCGUUUGCGCAGGGCUACACUAGGGAAUCUAUCAAUGUAAAUGACGAGUUGACAAACUUGGCUGCAACCGUGUCAGAAGAUUCAUCGUUAGGAGUCGUUGAUAAUCCUCUCAUCGUAUUCCCCCGCCAGCGUACGAAGAGGAUCUGGUACACGCUCUAUCUCGCACUACUCGUUUUAUAUGAACAUACUCGAGAAGAUGCGGGCCAAGGAGAACUUGCCUCAGAGUGCUCCUGCCAUACCAAACUUGCUUGGGCUAGCGAUACGGUUCCGCGAUGUGUCGAAGCACUUAAAGAGGCGCCAUGUUAUUAGCCAGGAUGUAAGGCUCGGUAGGAUGGCCAGCAAGGAAAUAGGGGCUUCAUGGUAGUCCUGGUAUUCAUCAUUGUUUUGAAUUAUGUUGGAAGACGG